UCAUAAAUUCCUUACAAUUAUUGAGACCCGAUUCUUCAUUAUCAAAGCCGACGAUGUCAUUGAAUUCUUUAAUGAAGCUUUAAGAAAUCUCGUGAAUCGCAGACCAAUCCAACACGCCAUUAAUAUUCUCACUCUCUGCAAUUCGAGAAGCCUUUCAGUUUCUUCUCUGUCACUUUGUAAUCGAAUUUAAUAUCCUCUCUGCCCCUUUACUGAUUCGAAGUAAUCACAUUCUCUUAUGAGUUCACUCUUUAAAUCCCACGAAGUUUCAGAUUCCUGCAAUUCGACGGGGCGUCUCUUGCGCGUGGUUGAUAUUCUCCGGGAAGAAGACGGCGACGGCGACGGUUUUUUCGGCGAUUUUGGAAUGUCUGAUGCUGGAGAGCGUCUGGCGGAUGAGUCGGUGACCGUUCAUUGUUUGUCACCACGACGGAUUGUUGCUCGGUGGGUGGCUUCGUUCCGGCGACCGAAGCGGAGGAGAGCGGCGACGGAGGUUAAUAGAGAGAAAGAAAGUGGAGAUUCCGAUGAUCGGUUGGUGUGUAGUAGGUGCGCGAGGAAUGGAGUUGACAGCGGCGCUUCGUCGUCUUCAGCGACGGAGAUUGCAGGGCCUGGACUGAUUAGGAAAGACGAUACCUCAUUCAACUUGGGAGUUGGGUGUAGUUUGUUGUAUCUUGUUCUUGCAAGUAAAAAUGAGCUUUCGAAGAUGGUAGAUUUGCGGAGACAAAUGGAACUUUUUCUUCAAGAUAUCAAAGAAGAGAUGGGAAGAAAGAACAAUCCCUUUGAGCCAUUCCACUUGAAUACAGAUAUGGCGUGUUCUUCUACUGAUUGCCAAGACGGUCCUUGCUCGACCAGCCAGCGUUCUUAUCAACAAGAUUUUUCAUCUCAAAUUUUAUCUGAUGCACAAUCAAAUAUACCAAAUUAUCACCAGAAGUCAUGUCUGCACGAACAAGGGGAACGUCAGGAACGGAUCGACGAACUGGAAUCUGAGUUCGAGGCCGAGUUGGAACGCUUGCAGCUCCAUUUGGAAGUUGAAAGUUCUUCUGGACGGAUAGAGCAGCUAAAAAUUCAGACUGCAAAGAACACGGACUCUACUAGAAGUUGCUGUAUUAGUUCUGGUGAAGUGAUUGAUCUCCAAGAAGAUGGCACUAACAGGCAACAUGGAGUUCCUCCUGUAGAACUCGAAAGAAAGUUGCACGAGCUGCUCAAAGCUAGACAGGAAGAACGAAUAAAAGAACUUGAAGGCGCUUUAGAAUGUGUCAAGCAGGAAGUUAUUGAAAAAGAAUCUGAGGUUUCUUGGUGGAAGGAAACUGCAAAAGUCAUUUCUAAGCACAUUCCAGCUCAUUCACGACUUAAACUUGCUUCUCAACAUGAUCAGCUUCAGCAACUUCGGUUCCAAUAAUGAUGAAAAGGAUGCAAAACAUGCCGAAAGCAGCAGCUCUGUGGUUACUUUAUUUUGAAGAUGCGCACCAACGACGAACAGAGUUGAAGAACAGUCCCAUUCAAACAUCACAUCAUAUUCCUUCUUAUCUGAACUUGGUAGAGUGUCCCAUUUCAAAUUCUCUUGCUUAUUAUAUUUUGACAAAUCCUUCCCUAAGUCUGAAUUAUUUUGAAUUUUUUUUUUGUCACGUUUGGAUCAAAAUUAGU